CCCAAACCCAACCCCCGCGGCCUAACGUUUACGAUGUGGCGCCGCCUCUCUCUGGUCUCCAAGCUCAAGCCUUCGAUCCUCCCUCAAACCCCCAUUCCCCGACCCCUCUCCCUCGCCGUUCUUCCCCUCUCCAGGACCCUAGCGCCACCAGCUCCGCCUCCGACGCCACCGUCGGCGGCGGAUCCUUAUGGGGUCUUUAGGGCUUCGUACGGCCAGGUGGCGGGGAUGGGUUCCUCGCCGGCGACGGUCAGCCUGCUGAAGCUGAACGAUCUGAGGAACAACGUGCCGAGGAAGAAGAAGAAGCGAAAGGGGCGGGGGAUCGGGUCUGGCACGGGGAAAACGGCCGGGAGGGGGCACAAGGGCCAGAAGGCGAGGGGAACCAUGAAGUUUGGAUUCGAGGGAGGCCAGACCCCGCUGCGCCGCCGCCUCCCACGAAGGGGGUUCAAGAACCCAUUCAGCCUCAUCUUCCAGCCAGUAGGAUUGGGAAAGAUUGCAAAACUCAUAAAUGCAGGCAAAAUUGAUUCAUCAGAACUGAUAACAAUGAAAACUCUCAAGGAUACAGGUGCCAUAGGGAAGCAGAUAAAAGAUGGUGUUAGAUUGAUGGGUCGUGGUGCAGAACACAUCAAAUGGCCAAUUCAUUUUGAGGUAUCAAGGGUGACAGCUAGGGCAAAGGCUGCAGUAGAAGCUGCAGGUGGGUCUGUGAGGAAGGUGUACUACAACAAAUUGGGAUUCCAGGCACUGCUCAAGCCUGAGUGGUUUGCCAAGAAGGGACGCCUCUUACCAAGAGCUGCCAGGCCCCCACCAAAGCAGCGAGAUAAGGUUGAUAGCAUCGGUCGCCUACCUGCCCCAACCAAGCCAAUACCUUUUACUGCAGAAGCUCAAGCAGCGGCCUAAGCACAAAUGACACAGAGACAGUGGAAUGCAGUAUUUGCAGAUGGAUUUCUGAGGCUUCCAAAAUGGCAGUCGAAUGUCUUGCCAAUAGAUUUGUUAAAAUAAUCGAGCAUGGUCAGCUUCUGCCAUCCACAUGUUGUUUGUUCUGAAAUGGACAUUUUUUUCCUUAUUGAAUCCAUCAGCCUGAAUUGUUGAGUUCCGUCUAGUUUUUUUUUUAAUUAAAUUUUUGUUUUUCCAGUGGAUGUCUUCAGGAGGGGGAGAUGUACGAGAGUUUAGCUCGGUUAGAUUUACGAGAGUUUGUACAAGUUUUUUUUCUUUCAUAAACAUGGCAAUAUACGAGAUUAUCCAAUC